CUACAAGUUGUCCAAGUCGCGCGCCGUCAGCGAUUCAGUUGUGCGCGAGCGUUUAAACCAGUUGGACGGACCAACUAAAAAAUUGUUUCGAAAAUAUUUGCAUUUCUAUAAACACACACACACAUAACGAGUGUAUUGUGUAUGGUUUAUUUGUUGCAUUUUAGUUGAAUACCAACUUGAAACAAAUCCAAAUAAAAUCAAAACUUUAAUUGCUUGCGUUUAUAAUAAGAGAGAGACAAUCACCAAAGCCAUUCAAUUGAAGGCAACCAUAUAAAUAAACAAAUAAACAAAUACGUAUCUACAAUACAAAUAAGCAGGAAACCUUCAUAAUGACAACAAAAACGAUUAGUUUCAACUACAAAUUACCUUUUGUUUGGUUAGCUGUUGUGCUGUUGUUGCUGUUGCAAUGCUGCAAUUGCGCACAAGGCAUGCCGAUGCUGUACAAGAAGAAUCCACAAGACAAAUACGAAGCAGAUCUUGUACCCGUUUCCUCGACUGUCAUCCCCCUAACAGUGCUCGAAGUCAGUUACGGUUUGGGCGGCAAACCCAGCGAGGAGUAUAAGCAAGCCUAUUUGAAGAAACUACGCAAGAAGGUGCAACUCAAGCAGCACUCAAAGCUGACACAACAACAACACGAUGGCGAUGAUGCUGAAUUAGCUGAUCCCGAUACGCUCAUAACAAUAAAAAAGAAACAUAACGACACCAAUAAAGCCAAAGUCAAGGGCAUCUAAAGCAAUUGCAGAUGACAACGAUGACAUGCCGGCAGAGAGCAGAGAGCAGAGCGCAGCGAACAACGUUAUACAGCGUGGCGACGACAUUAAACUACAUCAGCAAAACACAAUAAUAACAACAAAACGCGCAAACCAGCGCAGAUAGCCGAGAUAGCAGUGGGAAGAUUUGACAGCAAGCUUGCUAGCUGUACCGAAGAGCACUUAGCUGAUGACGCGUAGCGUUGUAGAUGGCGAUUUGCUAUUUGGCUGCCUUUUAAUAAUAUUUUUUAGAGAUUUUUUUUUUAUUUUAUUUUAUUUUUAUUUUUUUUAUUCUCCUUUUUUUUGGUAUUUUUUUUUUGUUUUUACCUUUUUUUGACUUUUUGUGGGAUUGUUCGUCCAUCUCUUAAGUGCAUUGCUGACUGUGUGUCGAGCAAUCUGUUUCCAGCAGCAAUCACCGAUGAUAUCACAAAGCUUCGACACCGUUUACGUUUGUGUUUACGCGCUCAGUGAAUAAAAAAUAAUAUUGCUUUUUGUUUUUGCCCGACGAACUUCGCCGGCCACCAACUGCUUGCGCGCCCCUGACACACUCAAAUUUUCAGCAACAACUCUUAACUGUUUUUACUAACUUGCCGUUGCGUUUUGUUCAACUUCGGUUUAACUAACCUUUUUGCUGUGUGUUGCCGUUAUCGUUAGUUGCACACACGCACAAUCAUAUUUUUGUACAUACUAACCGCCAUAUUCAUAAAAUUCGAAAUUUAUUGAAAUCAGCUUGACUGCAUACGAAAUCGGUGAAACUGUAUAAUAUGUACAUAUAUUUAUAUAUAUAUAAAUAUGUUAUCUAUAAUUUUAUGCAUUAAAUAUAUAUGUACUUAUAUAAAAUACUAAAAAUCUGAUUGCAAAUAAAAUAUGGACGUUUGAAAAUUCGCAAAUCAAUGCAGAUUAAUUAUUCUGUGACACUUGUGAAAUUUUACACCAGUUUUGAUUAUACAGUUAUAAAGCCAUUACACCAUAUUCCAUGUACAUACAUAUACAUAUGUGUUCAAACUUAGCUUACAUAUUCGUAUAUUUGUAACUAUUAGAUUUAUACAUAAAGAUCUUAUUUUGUUUACGCAAGAAAUAUGUUCACACACACACUUACUUACAAAUAAAGAAAAUAUAUUUAGUUUUGUCA